AUGUCGAUGGCGAAUCCCUCCCGGCGCGUGACGCGCAGUCAGAGUCGAGAACGUGAUGAAAUCAUCACCACCAAGCAGUUGCUUUCUCAAAACAACCAGCGAGUAGCUCCUCAUGGUCAGACUCAAAGCAAAAAUCUCUCCCCCGUGAUCGAACGAUCCCCUUUUCAAACUCCUCAGGCAGGAGCAUCGCGAUUGAGUUCCUCAGUGGUGCCAGAUACACCCGCCCAUGAUGAGGGACAUACCGAUUUCUCUGGUACUACUUUCCUGGCUCAAGACCCGAAUCAUGGGUUAAACCUAGACUCAGCGCGCUCUGUGGAUGUCAGAGUCGACGCUAUUGAUCUGGCCGACGAACUACCAGAUCUUCAACAAGCAUCCACUCGUUUGCUGGAGAUCUUCGACAUCAACUCGUCUGACGCAAAGAACAUCUGUAAAGCUGCCAAGCGUGUCAAUCAGCCGGGUCAUGAAGAUUAUAAGCGACUCAAACGCGUGUCCCAGAAAUUGACCGACAGCAUGGAAAUUUUCACAAAAGGGGGCUACAUUGACGUCGCGAGCAUUUCGCAAUUGAUACCGUCAGUUGCCGUCGAGGAUGCUUCCGAACCUUGGGAAGCCGCACCGUAUCUUUACAGGGCAAACUAUGCGUGGCUGCUACUAUCCACUCUGUCUGCCACGGUGGGCUCACAAGAUCAGGCACAGCUGGUCGAGGAUCUCGAUAAGCAUUUUCCAGCAUCGUUCCUGAGUCGGCUGGUACGCACCGAGCAAAAGAUGUCGGGUGGAUCCAGUCGAGCCCGAAGUUUUACAAUCGACCUGGCAGUGGAAAUUCGCACGCAGCAUCUCAUCCUGCAACUCGAACGGCGCAAGGAUGAAAAGGGAUUUGAUGCGAGCUCCGUUUUGAAAGAGAUCUUCUAG